UGGGGCGCCGGCCGCCAUCUUAACUGAGGGCAAGCUGCCCUCACAUUUCCGCUACACACUUCUCAAAUCUCACACUAGCCCCGGGGGGUGCAAUAUUAUCGCAGAUACGAGGGCGGCUGUAUAUAUUAGUUUGUGUUUUGAGCCUGAUUUAUCUGGGGGAUGGAUCAUCCCUGCGUCGCCAUCUUGACUGAGGGCAAGCUGCCCUCACCGGCCCGCUUCAUAUUUUGUUCCAAAAUCCGAAACCAAACCCGGGUCUGCGGUUUAUAUCGGAAAUAGGGGGAGAUCUAUAUUGGUUAGAUUGUGUUUUGAGCGUGUUUUAUCGGUGUGAGGUGGGUAUGGGUGCACGUGGGUCAGCCCGGAGGAGAGGAGUUCCUGGUCGGUGAUAAUAUGCGGUGGUUGUAUGGACGGGUGAUCGGCCGAUGGUGCUCGGUGCGCUUCAGCAGGAAGAUCGGCCAUGGAGGGGCGGUGCGGGGUCAGCUGAUCACCACCCCGAUCUUCUAUGUGAACGCCGCCCCCCACCUGGGACAUGUCUACUCCGCCGUGCUGGGGGACACCCUGCACCGGCACACCGGACUGUGCGGGGAGGAGAGCGGGCUGAGCACCGGCACUGAUGAACAUGGCAUCAAGGUACAGCAAGCUGCAGCUGCAUUGGGUUUGAACCCGCCUGAGCUCUGUUCAAGGGUUUCCCAGCAAUUCCGCACAAUGUUCGAUACGAUGGGAAUAUCUUACACAGAUUUUGUUCGUACGACAGAACCACGUCACUCCCGGGCAGUGUGUCAUUUCUGGAAGACGUUGGAGGAACGAGGAUACAUCUACAAGGGGACAUACCAGGGCUGGUACUGUACUUCCGAUGAGGCUUUUUUAAGUGAGGAGCAAACGACGGAGAAGACGAACUCCAACGGGGACAAAAUACGCGUGUCCGUAGAAAGUGGACAUCAGGUUCACUGGAUGAGUGAAGAGAAUUACAUGUUUCGGCUGUCUUCUCUACGACCUAACCUCCUAAAGUGGCUUCAGACAGACCCUAUCCACCCAGCCCCGUUUCUCCGAAUAGUGCAGAAGUGGCUGGAGGAGGACCUCCCAGAUCUCUCCGUGUCCCGACAGAGCAACCGCGUGUCCUGGGGUAUCCCGGUGCCUUCUGACCCGACUCAUACCAUUUAUGUGUGGCUGGACGCGCUCAUCAACUACCUAACCGUGGCCAAAUACCCAGAUCCCAGUUGCUCUCCAUGGGGCCCGUCAACACAUUUGCUUGGGAAGGACAUUUUGCGCUUCCACGCCGUAUACUGGCCGGCGUUUUUGCUAGCUGCCGGUCUGCCCCCUCCUGCAAAACUCUUCAUCCAUUCUCAUUGGACGUGUCAAGGCGUGAAGAUGUCGAAGAGCCUCCAGAACGUGAUUGACCCCACCGAGUGUAUUGGACUUUACGGCAGAGAUGGAUUCCGCUAUUUCUUACUUCGUAACGGUUCCCCCGAACGCGACUGCGACUUCAACCACAAUUCUGUCCGUAACCUACUAAACGCUUCUCUCGCCGAUGCUCUCGGUGGACUAUUGAACCGCUCCACAGCGCCCAGUAUGAACCCUGAGCAGUGCUGGCCGUGUUACCAGUGCACGAGCGUGCCGAUAUCGGUCAAAGAUCAGUUGGAGACCCUACUUGGAGCUUUACAGGGACUUCCCCAACUAGUAGACCAGUACAUGACCACCUUCCAGGUGCACAAAGCCUUGGAGGCGAUUGAUGGUGGCGUGCGCUCCUCUAACGCGUUCCUUCAAAGCCAGGCUCCGUGGAAGCUGUCCAAAGGAACAGAAGAAGACCAGGCAUGGGGACGUUGUGUUCUUUACCUCACCCUCGAAGCCUUGAGGCUUUAUGGCACCCUCCUGCAGCCUGCGGUUCCUGGCCUGGCCAAGACAAUCCUUGAUCGGCUUGGUGUUGGCCAUGAUUAUAGAACACUUAAAGGGAACCCUUUCUUUGCAGCGACUCGGGGCGAGAACUGCGGCUUUCAAGGGCAGAAAUUGGGCCCCGACUGUGGCCUGCUGUAUCACAGACUGCUAGAUAAAGAAGAACAGGGGCUUUGCAAAGAUCAAACGCAAAAUGGAAACAGAUGUACGUGAAACAGCCUCUAGGGGGAGCUAUUAUUUCAACAGGCCAUUUAAUAACAGCCCCUAGGGCAGUGAUGGGGAACCUCGGCACCCCAGAUGUUUUGGAACUACAUUUCCCAUGAUGCUCCACUACACA